AUGGCAGUGGCAACAGGAUCAUCUCACCGUUUUGAAAUACUUUCAUUACUUGUUCGAAAUGUUCUUACAUCAAAUUCAAAAAAUUUCCAAUUACAUGGUGAUAAACAAGUUAUUGUACAAAUUUUACCAACAGCACCAGAUCGAGCGUUUAUAACAAAUGAUUGUUAUGAUUCAAGUUUUGAUCUUGGAUCAAUAACAUAUACCGAUAUUUUACAACGUUUAUUAAGAUUAGGUUUUCAAAUUCAAUCAUCAACUGGUGGAUCUUAUAAUUUACCUAAACCAGAAAAAUCAAUCAUCAAAAACGAACCUCAACAAGUAUCACCACAGGAUACAUUUGUUCUUCAAUAUACACUUAUUCGAACGCAUCCUGUAGGUUAA